AUGUCGAAGAUGUUGUCACUUGUCAGUCACGCUCACACCUCUAUCAGACGGGAACAAUGUCCCUUCUUCCCGUUCUUUCUGACACCAAGUUCCAUUCAUUCCUUUUGGUCACUGGAGCUUCAGUUGGAAGACUCCGGCACGGCACGGCACCUCGAUCACAACGAUCGUGCUUCCUUCACUCCGUUUGGCCGGCGGCCAUUUUUACCCCAGAUAAAUAAUAUGGCGUCAGUGAUAUUGCUUGGUGCCGUUGCGGCGGUCAUGCUGCACCUAGCGUCUAUAUCAGCAGCACAACCUGACCGCGGAUGCAGAACACAUUGCGGUGAUUUCGAGAUACCCUACCCGUUCGGCAUCGGUAUUGGCUGUGCCAUGGGCCAAGGCUUUGAGAUCAACUGCAGCAGGUCCGUCGAUGGAAAUGACAAGCCAUUCCUUCUUGGACGGGAGAUUGUAAGCAUAUCGCUGUCCCGUGGUCAAUCCCGAGCUUUAUCGCGCAUCCCAUCAUAUUGCUACAAUCAUAGUACAAGAACAAUGGAUAGCAAAAUUUGGGAUUUUGAAUUAAGUUGGCCUUAUCGGUUCUCAAAUGUGGACAAUAAGUUCGUUACCAUUGGUUGCAACACAAUUGGAUACAUCUACAAGACCAGCGGCAUGACAAGGGAUGCAACAGGAUGUGUAUCGGUGUGCGGGAGCCCAGAAGACCUGACAAAUGGCUCGUGCGUUGGUGUUGGCUGCUGCCAAAAUGUUGUCCCCAAGGGCUUAAUGGGCUACAACGUCUAUUUCUAUGAUGUGGAUUAUGUCAAUAAAACAAAUAGUUGGUACUUCAAUCCAUGCAGCUACGCAGGCUUGGUGGAAACAGAGUCAUUUAUCUUCAGCUCCGAUUAUGUAACAACUACAAGGUUCAAUGAUACCUACAACGGCUGCCAGCCGGUGGUGCUUGACUGGGUGAUUGGAAAUGCAACAUGGGUUGUUAUUGGACUAAGCUCUGGUGUUGGAGUUCUGUUUCUUGCGUCAAUUUCAAUUUUGUUGGUUCAGAAGUGGAAGAGAAGUACUAAAAAGCGAGUUCGGAAAGCACACUUCAGGAAAAAUAACCGCCUUCUCUUGGAGCAAUUGAACUCAUCCGAUGAAAGUGCCACACAUAGCAGCAAAUUAUUUUCCUUGGAUGAGUUGGAAAAGGCAACGGAUAAUUUUGACUCCACGCGCAUUCUAGGCCUCGGAGCGCAUGGCACCGUCUACAAGGGGAUUUUAUCAGAUCAACGUGUGGUGGCCAUAAAGAAAUCCAAAAUGGUCGAUCAAAUAGAGAUUGAUCAGUUUGUGAAUGAGCUUGCCAUUUUGUCACAAAUCCAUCACCGAAACGUGGUUAAACUAUAUGGAUGCUGCCUUGAGUCGGAGGUGCCUUUGCUUGUGUAUGAGUUCAUCUCUAGCGGCACGCUCUCUGAAAUUCUUCAUGGUGACCACCUGAGUGCUAGAAGCUUGUUGACCUGGGACGAUCGUAUCAGAAUUGCUAGUGAGGCGGCAAGCGCUAUUGCUUACCUCCAUUCCGCUGCUGCAACACCAAUUUUUCAUAGGGAUGUGAAAUCUGACAAUAUACUCUUAACAGAUAACUUCACCGCAAAGGUUGCAGACUUUGGUGCUUCACGGUCCAUUUCCAUCGACGAAACUUGUGUGGUCACGGCAGUGCAGGGUACAUUUGGGUACUUGGAUCCUGAAUAUUACCAUACAUGCCAGCUGACUGAGAAGAGCGAUGUUUACAGUUUUGGUGUGAUAAUCGCCGAGCUCCUAACUAGGAAGCAGCCAAUCUUCCUCAAUUCCAGGGGUGAAAAGCAGAACUUGUGCUACCACUUCCUUCGAAAGCUACAAGAUAACACUAUGAUGGAGAUCGUCGAUGUUCAAGUUCUCGAGGAAGGUAACGACAGGCAGAUCAAUGAGAUGGCCGCCCUUGCGAGGGCGUGCUUGAGGCACAAAGGUGAGGAGAGGCCUACCAUGAAAGAGGUGGAGCAUAGGCUGCAGCUCCUGAGAGGCAAGAUGUCGAUGAAGAAAAACCAUGAGUUGGAGGUGGACAAUGAAGCCGGGCCAUUGUAACCUUCGAAAUUAUAGGCACAAGUUCUUCCCUACCUAGCUAACCGAAUUUAAAAUCAGACUCUUUUAGAACAAUUUUUAGUAUAUACUGUAUGUAUGACGAAUUGGAUUGGUAUAUAAAGUUGAGUCAUCUAUUUUGGAAC